AUGUCUCUGCACACCAACAUCUCUCCAAGACCAACAGCAGCGCCUCAAGGUGGACAUCACCAACAUGUCUCUUCAGAAGCACCCGCCACCACAUCACUACCAACACCUUCGCAUUCGGCAGUACUCACCAUGUCCUUCACACCACGUUCAACAACACCCACUACGUCGCUGUGCAGCACGCUGAUGGAUGCCACCAGCAAGCACCAUCCAGCACCUACGCGACAUGCUGACUCACCAGCAUCGAGCAUACAUGCUCAGACCACACCAGCAUUCGCUGGUGUGGUUCAAACGCACACAGAAGACACCAGGACGAAGAGAGAAGGAAAGGAGGAGGAACAAGAGGAGGAAGGAAGGAUCUUGUCAGUAAGUCGCCAUCCUGACUCUGCCCCCAUUUUCUGCAAUGAGGACAUGACACCCGACAUGUCACACUCUCGCACCACCACACCACCAUCUCCCAUUUCGACACGCUCACCUUCGACUUCAAUUGUACGCAUGAAUGCCCAGCAUGCACCAGCAAAUUUGCCUGUGCCUCCACUCCUUCCUGUGCCAACCACAUAUGUUUGA